AUGUCAUCUACUGAUAAAUCAGGUGAAUCAUUAUCAGUUUUAAAAGAAGAAAAAAAAAUUGAAGAGAAUGAUGAUGAAACACGAUCUGAAUCAAAGCCACCAUGGGCUGAAGCACAUAGAAUUGCUGUUCAGAACAAUCAAACCACCUAUACAGAUCCUGAAACUUCUUACAUAGUAAUGACUGAACUAUUUCAUAAACAAAGAGGCUAUUGUUGCGGAAAUAAUUGUAGGCACUGCCCUUAUGAAUUUUCGAUUAAACAAAAUCUUGUUAAGUGUACAAGUAUAACAGAUAAGGAUAUAAAAAUACAAGAAAUACAAGAUAUGCUAGCAUUUUAUGCAAAAUAA